UCCUUCUCCAUCCACUCAAUGCUGUUUGCCUUCUCUCCCUCAUAAACUUUUCCCACUUAAUUAUCACCUUCACACUCUCCUCUCUUUAUCUCUCACUUUGUGUAUCUCUUUGCAGUUAGGGUUUCCUCUUUAAGGGUGCUCUUCCUGUCACAAAUCUGCAACUUAUAUCUUUCAUUGGCUAAGCCUCUUUUGUCUUCUCAGGGUAAAAGAGCAGCUUCUAAAGCCCCUCCCACAAGGGAAAAAAAGGUACUUCCCUUUUAGUUCUUCUCAUCAACCAAACCUACAUCACAAAACAGGGAAAUUGAAAAAUGGCAUCAUCGAGCUCCUACAAUUCUCCUUGUGCUGCCUGCAAGUUCUUGAGGAGGAAAUGCCUUUCAGGGUGCAUCUUUGCACCAUACUUCCCACCGGAAGAGCCUCAGAAGUUCGCGAACGUGCACAAGAUAUUCGGUGCCAGCAAUGUGACGAAGCUUCUGAACGAGCUUCUUCCUCACCAGAGGGAAGAUGCAGUGAAUUCCCUUGCCUAUGAAGCUGAGGCACGUGUGAGAGACCCAGUUUAUGGGUGCGUAGGAGCCAUCUCUUUUCUGCAGAGACAAGUUCAAAGGCUCCAAAAGGAGCUUGAUUCUGCCAAUGCUGAUCUCCUUCGCUAUGCCUACAAUGACAUGCCUUCACCCUCUCUUUCUGUGCCACCAGCAAUGACAGCAACAACAAUUCAACAAAUUCCCCAAAGGUCUUUCAAUGCAAGGUUUGGAAAUGAAGCAAGUGGGUUUUAUAGGCCCUCUCCCACCAUCACUUACAACUCUUACCCUUAUUCUCUUCCAUGGACUGAUACCUCUCCUGAAGAUAUCAAUGAUGGAGGAGGAGAAGGAGGAGGUGAUGAUUAUGAACAUGUGUUGUUUAUCAAGACCUAAGCUACCAAAAACUUAGGUAGUCUUUCCAAAAUCUUUAGUCCUAAAAUAAGUGGGUGGUAGAUGAGAAAGCAUAGUAAUGUACAACUACUGCUAGACCUACUCUUAUUGUGUAUUAUUCAGUGCAACUCUAUAGGCAUGUGCAGUGAGCAUGCGGAGUUGACAUUCUCUGUCAUUGUUUAUGAUUAAGAAUA